AUGACCAAAUCACUCAAGAAGGCGGCUCAGAGCAAGGCAGUCGAGGAAUACAAAAAGACCACGACUCGCCGGCGUGUAUCUUUGACUUCUAUUAGCAGCUCUGCGACGCUGAGCUCGGACACUCUGGCUACAGAAAGUAAUGCUUGCUCGUCAAUGCUCAGUGAGACGAGUGAUUCAGAGAUUGACAGCCACACUGAUGACACUGAGUACCUGGGUAAUUCUGUCAUCCAUGCAAUUAUAAUUCCCAAUUACAAGGAGGAGAUGGAUUGUCUGAAGGAGACAUUGGAGGUCUUGGCCUCUCAUUCCCAAGCUCGAAGAUGCUACGAUGUCCACCUCGGCAUGGAACAGCGCGAAGUCGAAGCUGAAUCAAAGGCUCUCAAGCUCGUCAGUGAGUUUACCUACAAGUUCCGCUCUAUCGACUUCUCCAUCCAUCCUGCAGACAUCCCGGGGGAGGCUGCCGGGAAGGGCAGCAAUCUGGCUUGGUCUGCUCGGAAAGUCAGCGUCAAAUAUUCGUUGGGGAUGAGGUGGAAUGUCAUCUUGACUGGCAUUGACGCGGACAGCCAUCUUUCACCCAGCUACUUCACCAACAUCACCAGCAUGCACCACGCCUACCCUGACACGGCAUCAACUACUCUGUAUGCGGCGCCAAUCAUCUUUGACCGCAACGCCCACAGCGUGCCGGCCAUUGUCCGCGUGGCCGACAUUCUCUGGUGUGCGGCCGGCAUGUCUGGUCUCUACAAGGGCUCGGCUAUAGCGCCCCCUACUUCGGUCUAUUCUCUGCCCCUGGCCCUUGUCGAUCGUGUUGGCGGCUGGGACUGCGACGCAGAGGCCAUCGGCGAGGACCUACACAUGUACAUCAAGUGCUUCUUUGCAGUGAAUGGCAACCUGACAUGUCGAACCGUGCUUAGCCCCGUAAGCCAGAGCAACGUCACGGGCGGCGGGAAAGGAGGCUUCCGAGGGGCCAUGGCUGAUAUCAAAGCACGUUACAAGCAGGCGCUCCGACACAUGUGGGGAGCACUGGAUACCGGCUUCGCUCUGCGCAAGGCAGCUGAGAUGUGGAAGGAGCGCAAACAGACGACGAGAACGUUCCGACCUCUCCACAGCCAGGGCAACGAGUCGAGCCUCUACAUCCCCGACAUGGACUUUACGAGCACCGCCGACGAAUCAGCCGGGAGCGGCAUCUUCUCGGACCUGACCCGGGACACCAUCAAGGAACCGCACUUGGAGAGGGUAUUCUAUCUCUUCCACCGGCUGUUCGAGGCACAUUUUUUGCCGGUCCACAUGACCAUUCUUGUGCUGGCCUCGGCCUUGUACGUUUGGCUCACAGAUGGCAAUGGCGACCCUCACAAGGUGGCUUGGACCUUUACUCUGUCCAACAUGCUGCGAACCACGGGCUUCGUGGGCGUAGCCUGCUACCUGUUCCUUUACGAAAGCUUUCACCGGAUAUGUGUAACCGCACGCGAGAAGGAGAUGACGCGCGCGCAUCUCGCCGACGGUAUGUGCUUUUCGCACCGCUCGCUCACGAAGAACUACAUGGACUACAUGCUCGUGCCGGUGGUGGCCCCCCUCUACGGCGCCAUACCCUGCGCCCAGGCCGAGAUAUGUCAUCUAUGGACGGUCGACCUGGUGUACGCUGUUAGCAAGAAAGUCACACGGCGGAGACGCGGGUCCAAGGAUGCCAUGGACAUUGUCUGA